AUGCAAACUUCGUAUGUCUAUGGCCAAAGAAAAAAUUUUAUCAUUUCUUUUGACGAAGACAAUCCUCCAGAUUUGACCCUGAAUUCUGAGAAAAAUGAAUUAAGUCCAAUGCCAAGCUAUUACAGCUCUCUUCCUCCUAUUUCAUCUAAUAAAUCUUUCAUAAGACAGAAAAAGAAACCAAUGCACUCUAAAAAGGAAUUAAAAAAAGCUAAUAAAAUAAAAUAUAUCACUAAGAAGCUUUAUGAUCAAGAAAUGGAAAAAAGGCAUCAAAGAUCAAAUAGUUACAACGGUAUGAACUAUCAAGAUGAGCACAUUAAAGACGAAAUUAUAAGGCUAAGGCAGAAUAAAAGUAAAACAAAAGACCAAAAUUCAAAUGUGAGCAGCAUUUAUAAUAUUUCUAUGUCCAUGAUUAAUAGAAGAAAUUUUGGGUUUAAUGAAAAUUUGCAUAGAAAACAGAGCUCAAUGCCAUUAUUUUUAAUAUCACCAAUGGAUAUUGAAAAUCCAAUUUUUCAUAAUGAAAACCCAGGAAUUAAAGAUCAGAAAUUAGAUACUCAAGCUUAUGAGCUUAAUAAGCUGCGACAGGCAAUGGCCAAUAUUAUAACCAAAGAGGAAGAAGAUCUGCACAGCUGAAAAGAGCCUGAAAGCAAAAAAUCCAAUUUUUUGUUAGAUUUGAAGCCUAUUUUCAGAAGACUAAUCAGUAUUGUAAUGAAAGCAAAAAUCCAUAACGAGCUCAAAGAACCUGAAAAAAGAAAAUUAAUUGAGCAGUACAAAAACCACUUAAAAGAAUCAGACGAUAAAAUCAAAGUUAUUAUCGGAACUUUAUCCAUUUUAGAAGAAAAUUUAAAAGACUCAAAAAUCCAAUUCCAUGACUUGAAAAUAGAGAUGCUGAAUAAAAAAAUCGAGCAAUACAAAGAAGCCUUAAAAAUCUUCCAAAUCACAAGAGAAAAACUAAAAGACGCAAUCAAACUUUUUAAGGCAAACUUCAGAAAAGAAGCUCAACAGAAAACUUUUAACGUUUUUAAUUUCACUAAUGAGUAUGACGAUGUAAAUAUCACUGUAAAUAACCCAGAAAAGAAAAAAACUGAUACAAAGCAAGAAGAAAAUAAAUUCAGAAGAGGAAAAAUCAGCCUUGCAGACUUUAUGAAGAUGUAA